UAUUGUGUAACAAAAAUAAAGUGUUAUGACCUUAGCAUGGGUUAAGAUGAGAUUUAUUUUUAGGCUAAUUAAAAAAAAAAGAAAAAAAAAGAGUAAAUGUUUAAUUUUUCCCCACAAAUCAUGAAUGUGAUCUCAUGAGACAACAUUCAUGAUUUGCUCAUCACGUUCUUCCUCCUCUUCUUUUUUUUUUUUUUUUUUGUCUGAUUUCCUUCUAAGGAAUCAGACAUAAUCCAUAUCCAAAUUCUGUCAUACUAAUAAGAAGAGGAGAAUAAUUAAGUUACUAAAUCAGUUUUUUUGUAGAACUAAUUACAUGUAAUAAUGGCUUUGAUGUUUCAAUCCCAAGACAAGAUCUAAUCGCAAGGGUGUCCAGAAAAUAUAAUUAAAGGCAGAGAAUGGGUGCAUGUUGUACCUGUCAAAGGGGGCAAAAUUUGGAAGAUAGUAAUCAUCAUCAUCAUAGUCAUAAAUAUAAUCAUAACCAUAAUCAUAAUCAUAGUUAUUUUGAGGAGAAUGAUAAUAAUGGGGAGCAGAAAGAGGGUGAAGAUGAUUAUCAAAGCAUAGUUGGAAGAGGAGAUUUGGGUGCCAAUGUCAGGUUAUGUGGAUUUUCUAAAUUUGUAUCAAUGUAUAGUCAACAAGGUAAAAAAGGGAUCAAUCAAGAUGCCAUGACUGUUUGGGAGAACUUUGGUGGACAGAGAGGUGUGUUCUUCUGUGGUGUCUUUGAUGGACAUGGACCAUCCGGCCACAAGGUGGCACGUUACGUUAGAGACGCAUUACCUUCCAAAAUUUCAGCAUCUAACGUGAUCGAUACCAACGAUAUUAGAUGGGCCGUUGAAAAGGACGAUGAAUCGGAAAACCCAAUCUUUGAUGCAUGGAAAGAUACAUUUCUAAAAUCUUUUAAAGAAAUGGAUGAAGAACUCGAAGGUGAUGGUUCUAUCGAAAGCUAUUGCAGUGGUACAACUGCAGUGACUUUAGUUAAACAGGAAGAACAUUUGAUAGUUGGAAAUUUAGGAGAUUCUCGAGCUAUUAUUUGCAGUAGGGAUGAGAAAAAUGAGCUUGUUGCUAAACAACUCACGGUAGACUUGAAGCCUAACCUCCCAGCUGAAUAUGAAAGAAUCAAAAGUUGUGAAGGAAGAGUAAUGGCAAUGGAAGAAGAACCAAAUAUAUACAGAGUGUGGAUGGCUGAUCAAGAUUGCCCUGGCCUUGCCAUGGCUAGAGCGUUUGGAGAUUUUUGCCUGAAAGACUUCGGUCUCAUCUCGGUCCCUGAAGUAUAUUACAGAAAACUCACUGAAAAAGACGAAUUCAUUGUCUUGGCAACAGAUGGGUUGUGGGAUGUUUUAAGCAACGAUGAAGUGGUCCGGAUAGUUGCUUCAGCAAGGAAGCGAUCUAUAGCAGCAAGACUGGUGGUGCAUCAUGCAGUUCGAGCCUGGAAAUACAAGUACCCGUGUGCCAAAGUCGAUGAUUGUGCUGUGGUAUGCUUGUUCUUGAAACGCCAGAAGCCUCUGCUAACGAAAUCGUUGUCAGAAGUGACCGAGCUGAGCUUAAAUUAUACGGAGAUAGCAACCAGCAAAAACUACACACCCAACUCCAAGAUAGAUGAUGGUCUAGAUACACUGCUAAAUUAUGAACUCAAGGAAGAAAAAGAUCCAAAUGUUGCAACUGGACUUAAUGAUGAUCAUAAAAAGAGUUCUUCCAGGCACGUUCGUCACCUUAGCAGAAGAAAAUCUGCAAUGAAUUUUUGAAUCUGUUAUAACGAAGCAGUAAUGUGUGAAAUUGAAAAAAGAAGAUAAUAAGUUACAAACUUAAAUGAAAUACUUGUAUUUUAAUUUGUUUAGUACUAGUUAAAUAGUCCAAAGUAAAAGAGAAUGGGGGAUAAAUGAUGGUGUGAUUGACACAUUGUAGAGUUGAAAAUGUUGUUGCUACUUGCUAAGGUAACCUAGAUAAUUAACGAGAAAGGAAACUGUUCUUGUCAUGAA